GCGGGCACCACGUCAUCUGGCAAGGCAGUGGGCUCCGAGGCAACUGGCAUGACCACGGGCACUGGGUCAGACAUUGGAUCGUCUGGCUGGACAGCGGGCAUCGGGUCACCAGGCAUCAGGUCAUUUGGCUCGACAGCGGGCACUGCGUCAUCUGGCAAGGCAGUGGGCACCAAGUCAACCAGGCACGACAGUGGGCUCUGAGUCAAUUGGCAUGACAGCGGGCCCCGGGUCAUCAGGUACCCCGGAUUGUCUGGCUCGACAGCGGGCAUCGGGUCACCAGGUAUGACAGCGGGCACUGGGUCACCAGGCAUCAGGUCAUUUGGCUCGCCAGCGGGCACCGCAUCAUCUAGCAAGGCAGUGGGCACCGGGUCACCAAGCAUUGGAUCGUCUGGCUCGACAGCGGGCAUCGGGUCACCAGGCAUCAGGUCAUUUGGCUCGCCAGCAGCGGGCACCGCGUCAUCUGGCAAGGCAGUGGGCACCGAGUCACCGGGUACGACAGCGGGCUCUGAGUCAAUUGGCACGACAGCGGGCACCGGAUCAGGUACCGGAUCGUCUGGAUCAACAGCGGGCAUCGAGUCAACUGGC